CACUCGCGCACACAAAUUGGUGCGCGCUUAAACAAUAAUUCCUUGUCCCUAUUAAAACUGGCCAAUGGAGAAGAAGGACAAAGGUCAAGAAUCAAUGAAUGAAUUAAUAAAUCAUGUGUGAUUCGGCGCAUGGGCUCCCUGCAGUGGAGAUAUUUUAGAAGUUCAAACAGAGAAAUGUGAAGACUGAAAGAAAGAGGGGGGAAACAGUAUUCGCUGCCCUCGCUGCUACAGUGCUGCGGCUGCCGUAACCACCAGCAGUGACUGUCGGAACGGUCUCACUUGGAGUGAACAGUUUGUCAGUGGGAGGUAACCUACGUGAUGCCCCCCGCGUGCGUUAAUCAAUUCAGUGUUGGUCAGUGAUGCGCGGUGCCGUUUUAUUCGCGCAUGUAAAUGCCGAGCGCACUGAGGUAUAGUAAAGCGCACCGAUGGAUACAUCCCGUGUGCGCGUAUUGGAACGAUGUCAUUAGUGAUCAAAUUUAAAGCAGCUUAAAACACACUGCGGUCGUCAGAGGAGAAGAAGAAGACGAGGCUUGGAUGGUCAGAACUGGAUAAUAACCCCCUAAACAAUUCCUUACCCUCCACGCGUGUCAAUGGAUAGGCGAGGCUUGAAUAGGCGAAAUGCAUACAUAGAUGGAACGAGGGCGCACAAGUGAUGACUGCCUUUGGUGAACUAUAACUCCCGACCAGACAGGGCGAACCAAGGCUCGGCGCGAAAAUCAUGUAAGAAUUUAGCUUUUUGGUGAUAUAAGGAAGGCUCCCUACACUUCAAGCCGCUGCUUCAAUCCCCGAUGGUGCUUUGAAAGGUUUCUUGAGGAUACCUGCUGGAUGCUUUUUUUCUUCUUUCGAUGUUGCAUCCCACAUUAAGGCAUUUUCCCUCUCGAGAAUGGAGAUCGGAGCCACCUGAAGAGAAGAAAGAGAUAUUGUUUGAUCCCGGCAACUUUAUCAAUUCUCUCGUGUGUAGGAUAUCUAUUGAGUCACUAAACUGCGGGACUUCUUUCAUCGACAUAACCAGGAGGGAGGAAAAAGAAAUAAACAUCUUGAAAUCCGCACUGGGCUGUGAGGUGAAAUCUAAUCAGAUCCAGCUGGCUUGAUGACUGAGAAGUAAUACGGACUUGAAAAAGAAAAAAAAGUUACGUUUAAAAACGACAGAGAUCGGGACGGUAAACUAACCCAACCUCUGUCCCCUCAAUGUAUGGAUGAUACAUUCAGGUCUGCCAUACAGUCUAAUAACGGGCUCUUCAGGAUGGAUCUACCUGGAAAUUGACCACACGAGGUUCUCCGCGUUUCACAUGCUGUAGAGAGAUCACUUUUUUAAACAUUUAAUUAGACCCAAGAGAAAAUAAGAACACUUUUACUUUACAUUCGUCUAACUCAUCAUUUGGAGAAAAUCUGGGACCACAGUGGGCAUCGCUUUGCAUCGGGAGAGUAGUUUCAACAAUGGCACUUGUAGGUGCCUCCGUGUUAUGUGCGUCCUGAAAUAUAUAUAUAUAUAUAUUUAUAUAUUUAUAUAUAUUUAUAUAUAUAUGUCGGAGGAAAUAUCGGAUCAUCAUCGCUGUGAGAGUUAAUUGUCAUCCAGACUGAUUUGUGGAUUAUAUGCCACGUCGUUUUGAGAGUGGGGAACACAAUGUGUCUGACAAGAAAAUAUCAGCACGGAUUCUGCAAAAUCGCCUGAGAAUUGCGGAUGUUUUUUCGAUGCAGUUUUUGGGGAGGGAGCGGAACAGGGACCGUUCUCCGUCUAAAGCAGAGACCCUGCAGACCUCGGUGUCUUUGUGAACAAGGACAGCUUCAUGGUGGAUUUGAAGUUAACAUGAGGAUGACCAGAACCACUUGGAACUGUGAUUGAAUUGGCAGUGAGCCCAAAUCCUCUUUCCAAAGAGUGGAAGACCAGUAAAUGAAUUAUGAAUGUUAAACAAGAUGACCUCCUCUCAGCAGCAGCAGAUGAUGCGAGGUCCUAGGUGGAACCGGGCCUUGUCCGACCCUUUGUUUGUGCUGCUUCUAGCCCUCCAGCUGCUGGUUGUGGCAGGGCUGGUACGUGCUCAGACGUGCCCCUCUGUCUGCUCCUGUAGUAACCAGUUUAGCAAAGUCAUCUGCACCCGGCGAGGCCUGCGGGAUGUCCCUGAUGGCAUCUCUACCAACACACGCUACCUGAAUCUGCAAGAAAAUCUCAUUCAGGUCAUAAAGGUGGACAGCUUCAAGCACCUAAGACAUCUAGAGAUCCUGCAGCUAAGCAAAAACCACAUACGCAAAAUUGAGCUUGGGGCCUUCAAUGGACUGGCCAACCUCAAUACCUUGGAGCUUUUUGAUAAUCGCCUCACUACUAUCCCAAACGGGGCAUUUGAGUACCUGUCCAAACUAAAGGAGCUUUGGCUGAGGAAUAACCCCAUAGAGAGCAUUCCCUCCUAUGCUUUCAACAGAGUGCCCUCAUUACGACGGUUGGACCUUGGGGAGCUCAAACGGCUCUCCUAUAUAUCCGAGGGGGCAUUUGAAGGGCUGAGCAAUCUUCGCUACUUAAAUCUGGGAAUGUGCAACCUGAAGGAAAUUCCCAACCUUAUUCCCCUGGUGAAGCUGGAUGAACUGGAGAUGUCAGGGAACCAGCUAUCUGUCAUCAGACCUGGCUCUUUUAAAGGACUCAUCCAUUUGCAGAAACUAUGGAUGAUGCAUGCCCAGAUCCAGACCAUAGAAAGGAACUCUUUUGAUGACCUGCAGUCUCUUGUGGAGCUCAAUCUAGCCCAUAACAAUCUUACCCUCUUGCCCCAUGAUCUCUUCACUCCUUUACAUCACCUUGAGAGGGUGCACUUGCACCACAACCCGUGGAAUUGUAACUGUGACAUCCUCUGGCUAAGCUGGUGGCUUAAGGAGAUGGUACCAGCAAACACCAGCUGCUGUGCCCGUUGCAGCUCACCAUCCCAUCAUAAGGGACGGUACAUUGGUGAGCUGGACCAGAACUACUUUCACUGUUAUGCUCCUGUUAUUGUGGAGCCUCCAGCAGACCUAAAUGUGACAGAGGGAAGUGCUGCAGAGUUGAAAUGCAGAGCCAGCUCCUUGACCUCGGUAAGCUGGAUUACACCCAACGGUUCCAUCAUGACACAUGGUGCGUACAAGGUCAGAAUCUCUGUGCUGAAUGACGGCACUCUGAACUUUACCAACGUCACCAUGCAGGACACAGGCACGUAUACAUGUAUGGUCAGUAAUUCUGCAGGUAACACAACAGCAUCUGCCACUCUCAAUGUGUCCUCUACAGAGAACAGCAGCUUCAGCUACUUCACCACAGUAACAGUCGAAACUAUAGAAACGCCACAUAACGAAGGCUUCACCACUACCGUGCAACAGAAGGUGGGCACCACCCCCUCAGCUGGUACAUGGGAGUCUGUGUCACCCACCUCUACAACCACCACCACAGUCCGGACCCCACUAUCUACCACAGCCACAGAGAAGACUUAUACAAUCCCAGUCACAGAGAUAGGCGGGGAAGGCUUGAAUGGCUUGGAUGAGGUCAUGAAGACGACCAAGAUCAUCAUUGGCUGCUUUGUUGCAAUCACACUCAUGGCAGCUGUCAUGCUGAUUAUCUUCUACAAGAUGCGCAAACAGCACCACCAGCAAAACCACCACGCACCCACACGUACCAUUGAGAUCAUAAAUGUGGACGAGGACUGUGUAACAGGAGGCCCAGGUAUGGAGGGCCACCUGACUCUGCCUCCUCUUGAGCACGAGCACCUCAACCACUACAACACCUAUAAGACUGCAUACAACCAUGCCUCCACUAUCAACUCCAUACACAGCUCAGCGCACGAACCUUUGUUAAUCCGGGCCAGCUCAAAAGACAAUGUACAAGAGACCCAAAUCUAAUACUUUUUUUUUUUUUUUUCAAAAUGAGACAUUAUAAAACUGAUGGAAUUGCAUAAAGAUAUUACUGACAGGACAUUACUGACAAUUGCUUCUGAGGACUAUGGCUCAAACAAGGAGGUUUGGAAACAUGGUGUGUUUGGCAAAUCAGUGACUGGUUAUGUUUAUUCAAUGACUUUGGGAAUUAGGGUAUGUCUACUGUUUCAAAAAGUGUCUUUACAAAACAGAAGUUAUUUA